CAGCUGAGUGCACUGAGGUCAUUUGGAAAGAAACCCGGCCACUCUGUUCCUGUCCAGCAUUUGCUGCCCAUUAGUAAAGGCAACUGCUGAGAGCAAAAGACUAAAGAGACAUCUUUUUCCCCCUUUUUCCUUCCCAAGGACUUUUUCUCUCCCAAAACAAUUAUAAACAACAUGACCUCCAAUUCCAAUUUAUCCAACAUGCGACGGCUGGUAGAACAACUGAAGCUUGAGGCCAGUGUGGAAAGAAUCAAGGUGUCCCAGGCUGCUGCAGAGCUCCAGCAGUAUUGUCUGCAGAACGCAGGAAAAGACGCCUUGCUGGUUGGAGUCCCCACAGGCAGCAACCCUUUCAGAGAACCACGCUCUUGUGCCAUAGUGUGAAGGUCAGGGUCCAUAAAAUGUGCAGCUUUGUUUCUUUGUAACGCCUGUUAUUACGUCUCAAUUUCAAAUGUGGAAUAAAAGGUUUUGCACCUUUUGCAGUGGAAGACAAAGUGGAUACAAGUGGCAUCCCACUCAAAGAAGAUAUUAAUUUUGCUUUGUUUUUUUAAUCGUGUAAUAGAUUUUAAUUUCAUGUUUUUCUAAAAAUGUUUUUACACAGUUUUGUAAAUCAUCAAUUUUUUGGUGAAACACAUUAAAGCACAUCCCGUGAACGUA